AUGCAGGUAGGGGUCCACAAACCGAGGAACCCGCCUCCAAAUGUCUCGACCAUUCGCCUAGCCCCGGCCGAGCAACACCUUCCCAUUGCCCAUCUCCUCCAAAGACUAUCUAUCCACUCGCCAGACCAACCCAUCUCUCCCACACCUCCUCCCAACGGACAGGUUGACCGGGUUGACCCCAUUGCCCAACCGACAAGCCCUGCUGGUGCACUUUGCGAGGAAAUCAGUCUCCAUGACCGCAAUCUCUUGUCAAGUCGACCGGAGGUCGUGUUUUGUACAAGUUGGAAGAUGCCGGAGGGAGGAGACCGUUAUUGGUGUGUGCCAGAGACGAAAAAGACAACCACGCUAGGAUGA